AUGGCGGGCCUACAGAAGUACAACAAACGGGAGAUUGUCUUUGUAAUGUACCGCAUGAUCAACAAGGUCAAGAAUGAGGACAUUGUCAAGCAAUUCCACUCAGAGUUUGGCCGGCAAGAGUUCGACGAGACCCAAGUACGCUACAUGAGCAACAAGUAUGGCGACGAUGUCAAGUACGGAUCCCUCAAAAAAAAUUUCAGUGGCGCGGUUGCUGGGGAAUGCCCUCUAAAGUACGUCGAGAUGGCCAUAGCCAGAGGAUCAAAGACCAGGCCCUCGGCGAAGAAACAGCGCACGUCUACCAGGAAUAGCAUAGCCGCUCUGUACGCCAAGGCCAUCCCCAAGGUUCGACGCCUCAAGGAGACUCAACAAGCCCGAAAGACAUCCACUCUGAACUCCAUUUCUCUCUCGUCUCCUGCCACUCAGUCUUCACCUAAGACAGCGCCUGCGGAGAAAGAUCUCGGACCGGCUAUCGUUGACACGAUGCACACAAAACCUCUAGAGGAUGCCAGUGUACAGUUUCAAUAUCUCCCGAAUCCAAUGCUCAACGCUCCUGCCAUUCCUCUCGAGCCGAUGCCCUACCUGGACUUCGACGCUGUGCCGACCUUUCGAGAUCCUCUGGCUGACCUAAACAAAGCGCCACUGUCUUAUCAGCAGCAGAAUACGUUUCUCGAGCCAUGCCAGUUCUCAGUGGUGGAUACAGAUCAAUUGGUUGUGCCGGACCCGAUUGAACACUUUUCCCGAGCAUGGGUGUCGCCGACACUGCAUGAAGAUCACCAGCCAAUUCCUCAGCUGCCAACUAACUAUCAGCCUCUUCUUCCGCAGAACUCUGUUAGCUACCAUCACAAAGAUGACGAUGGCUUCUUUGCGAUGCCUCAGCCAGACCUUGUGGGAUUGGCAAACCCCGGACUCUCGUGGGCGCAGCCCGAUUACCUAGGAGACGACUUUGAGUUCGGCAUGGGCGUCCAGUCACACGACGGACCUUACCUGUCUGUGACCCAAUAG